AUGAAAUUUCAAUUUUUUCCGAAGGUUUUUUAUUCAGAGAACGCGCGUCAUGCGGUUGAUGCAUUUCUAGCUAUUUGGAUCUGUUAUCAGUCAAAUAUCGUUGAGGUUCAAUAUUAUUCAAUCCUCAUGAAUUCGUUCAAUGACCAGGCGUGUGCCUUGUGUGGAAAGGUUGUUUCUACUAAACACGGUAUGGCUAGGCAUUUAAAAAUCGUUCAUGAAGGUCUCGAAGAAUGCAAAUGUGACUCAUGUGGACGAAAAUUUACCACAAAAUUCGCCCUCCAUCGACAUAUUCGAAAAGUUCAUGAAGGUAUAUCAGAACUUGUUCUUCCUUGUGCUUGUUGUGGGAAGAAAUUCUCUGCCAAACAUGGUCUAGAGCGUCAUAUGAGACUGAUACACGAAAGUGCGGAAUUGUGCAUCUGCCCUUUGUGUAACAGGAGUUUUUCAACCAAGUUUGCUUUUAAUCGUCAUACAAAAACUGUGCACUCAGAUUCAAUCAGCCUAUGUUCCCCGUGUAAUAUGCUAUUUCCAUCAAAGUUCGCUCUUCUUGAACACAACCUUACGGUCCAUAAUACUUCAAAGGUGUUUGCUUGUCACGAAUGUUUGAAAUGUUUUCCUGAUACAGAAUCACGAAGAAGCCACGAACAAAAUGAUCAUGGUGUCGGGACUUCAAACAUGUAUUCGCCAACGACACAAUCAUCUUAA